GGCGAGGACUCGAUAUGAGCCGCGUCUCAAUUAUGUGGAACCUUCUCGAUCAUGUGGAUGCACUUACGAGUAGGGAGGUGCACAUCGAUCAGUACUUACACUAUCAUCCAUCCGACCGAGUCUCCGGCAGGCGGCGGCUUUCUGUGCGAAUCUUGAGGCAGGGAAUGGGCUUGUUGGGUGAUUUAGUUAGUCGGAAGCAAUCAUAUCAUUUUUCAUCCUCGCUCUCUCUCUCUCUCUCUCGCUCUCUCACUCAGAGAUGAGCCUGACGCGUGCUUUACAGCAUCAUCUCUCUCUCCUUCGUGUAUAUAACACGAUGGAAGGGAGAGGACUCACCUCAUCCUCGCUCGGUUACAUUGGCUUGUACAGGUCUCAGUCGUGUGCGAUACUCGAGUCUUGUUCUGGUAGCCAUGGAGGACAGCAACGGAGCAGCUGCUGCUACGAGGUCGCGGCGUCCUCACGUGGCGCUGCUGCCGACGCCCGGCAUUGGCCACCUGAUCCCCAUGGCCGAACUGACCAAGCUCCUCGUCGCCCGCCAUGGCUUCUCCGUCACCAUCAUCACCUUGGCCAUCUCCGCCUCCACGGCCCAGGCCACCCUCCUCUCCUCCCUCCCCCACUCCGUCUCCUCCCUCGCCCUCGCCCCCGUUCCCCUCCACGACCUCCCUCCCGACGCCAACAUUGAGACCACCAUGGCUGUCGCCAUAGUCCGCUCCCUCCCCGGCCUCCGCGACGCCCUGUCCCGCCUACGAUCCUCCGACAACCUCGUCGCCUUCGUGGCCGACAUCUUUGGCACCGACGCCUUCGAUGUCUCCCGCGAGCUCGGCGUCCCGCCCUAUCUCUUCUUCCCCACCAACCUCCUCACACUCUCGCUCCUCCUCCACCUCCCCGAGCUCGACGCCACCACCAGCUGCGAGUACCGGGACCUACCCGCGCCGCUCCGCCUACCGGGCUGCUUCCCCAUCCCCGGACCGGACCUCCUCCAGCCGAUCCAGGACCGGUCCAACGACGCCUACCGGUGGGUGCUCCACCAAGCGCGCCGGUCCUGGGAGGCGGAGGGCAUUCUCGCCAACACCUUCGAUGCUAUGGAGCCGGAGGCCGCAAAUAUCCUCCAGCAGACCGUACCGGGCCGUCCGCCGGUUUACCUUGUCGGGCCGCUGACGCAGUCCGGGAAGAACGAAGCCGACGAGGGGGCCGAGUGUUUGCGGUGGUUGGACCGGCAGCCAAAGGGAUCGGUGCUGUUCGUGUCCUUCGGCAGCGGCGGAACGCUGUCGAUGGCACAGAUGGCGGAACUCGCUCUGGGGUUGGAGCUGAGCGGGCAGCGCUUCCUGUGGGUCGUCAAGAGCCCGAGCGACGGCGGGGACGCCAGCGAGGCAUACUUCACCGUCCAGAGCAAGGAGGACCCGUUCCGGUUCCUGCCGGCGGGGUUCGUGGACCGAACGCGAGAGGUGGGCCUGCUGGUCCCGUCGUGGGCGCCGCAAGCGGCGGUGCUAAACCACGCCGCUACCGGCGGCUUCCUGAGCCACUGCGGGUGGAACUCGACGCUGGAGAGCGUGAAAGCCGGGGUGCCGAUGGUGGCAUGGCCUCUGUUCGCAGAGCAGCGCCAGAACGCGGCGAUGCUGGCGGAGGGCUCGAGGAUCGCGCUGCGGUUGCCGAGGGCGGAGCAAGGGAUCGUGUCGCGGGAGGACGUGGCGCGGGUGGUGAAGGAGUUGAUGGAGGGGGAAGAGGGAAAGGCCGCGCAUCAGCGGGUGGCGGAACUCCGGGAAGCUUCGGCCAGAUGCCUGGAGGAAGGCGGCGCCGCGUACACGGCGCUUGACGCGGUGGCCAACAAGUGGAAGGCCACGAACUAAGCUACUUACCAACGUCAAUUUCUCAUUGCUUGGUUUCUUUCUUUGGUUUUGUCUCAUCGGUCGUGUCUGUCGCCUUCGACCGUGUUGGAGUGCGUACUCCCUAUUGAA